UUACUUUUAUCGCGAUUUAGAAGUGAGCUGAACAGCGAAGCAUUUGUAUCGCGCGCGCGUGUGUGUGUGCUUUUUGGUUCUGACGUUCUGGAACAACAUCACAAAAAAAGAAUUAUUAUAUAUAUUCGUUAUACAUAUAUAUAAAUAAAUAAAAAAAAAAUUAACUCUAAAAGAAUAAAAGGAAAUCUAAAUAAUAUCUCAAGCAACCGAAAACAAUUUUUUUACAAACGAAUUAAGAGCACAUAACAAUCGAAAGCACCGAGUCGAAUCCCCCCGUGUAGAUCGUGUAUAAUAUUUUCGUUUUGCGCCCUGUAACUUCUAAUCGAAAUAUUUUGUUUUCAUUUUUUCUGUUGUUUUUCUUUUUAAAUCCAAAAUAUCAAUUGUAUUUCUUCGUUCGGGAAAACGUAAUGAGAAGAGAAGCGAAAAAAAAUAAGAGCAUUUUUUUUUCAGUUCGGAUUCGAAAUCAAUCUUUUUCUAUGUGUACCAAGGCGAUAUAAGAAAAAACAAAAUAAUAUAAGAGAGCCUGUGUGUUUGCGUGCCGUGUGUGGUUUUUAUUUGCCGUGUGUCGUCGUUCGUCGCCACCAUAGUCUCUCUUUCUCAGUCAAUUCAGUCCGUUGUGGUAAUAAAUUCUUCAAUUCGUUUUUUUUUCUCUGUAUUUUGCUUCUCUCUGGUUUGUUGUUGUUAACGUUGUGCACGUUCGCCAAGAGAGAGAGAGAGAGAGAGAGAGAGAGAGAGAGAGAGAGAUGAGCAUUUUUCCGCGUGAUAUUCGUGUUAGUGUGCAUAGAAAAUAACAAUAAAAAACGCAGCGACCAUUCGCGGCACAGUACAUCAUCAUCAUCAUUAUUACCACCACCAUCAUCAUCGUCAACAACAAAAUCAUCAGCAAAAUAAAAUCGCAACAGCAGCAGCAGCAGCAACAACAACAACAACAACAUCGCAACCCUUUAACUAUUGGUUUUUGCAUUCAUAUUUUUUUUAUGGUUCCGUUUCAUUCAAAGACCCCCGAAAUAUCAUACACACUAUCUCUAGAAUAUACACAUAAUAUACGGAAUUGAUGUGAGUGUGUAUAUAUGAUGCGUUCGUAUGCAUUUUGAACAACUUUUCUCUGCUUAAACACAACACACAUCGCGCUUAGUUUUUUUUCUUUCAUUAUGAUGUUGUGAAUAACUUCCAUGCACCGCAACAGCAGCAGCAGCAGCAGCAGCCAAAGCAACGCCGAGAUCAGUAAACGUGAAAAAGAAAUAGAGAUUGCUGGAGUUUUUUUUUCGGUGUGUGUUAUAACAUCAUCAUUAUCAUCACGGAUGAUGCGAGAAAAAUUGAUAAAACCAAACAACAACAACAAAAACGGAUGCCAAUCAAAUGAAAAUGAAUGUUUCAUAUGAGAAAAUAUAGUGGAAAUUAGAUAUUCGUCCCCGUGUACGGAUAUAGAUUGAAAGGAAGGCAAGUUGGUUUUUGUUCGAUUCAUUCAAUUUUGUCGAAAAAAAAUUUAUAGCAAAAUAAUAACAAUAAUAAUAGUUACAAUAACGAAAAAAAAAAAUCAAAUACGAAAAGGAAAAAAAAAUCGUUUUUUAUCGAUUUUGAUAUGUGAACAAAAUGGCAGACACUUUACCAUUGAAUGGAUCGAGUAGUUCUAAACUGAAAAUCAAAGAUCCAGCUAAUAUAAUGCCACUGUCCAAAUCCAAUGCAACGACCACAACAGCAACGGCCAUUCGUUGUGUUGAUAACCAAAAUGAUGUGACCAAAAAUAAGAGCCGUGCUAAAAGUGACAAAUUGAAUAAAAGUGCAGUGAAUAAAGAGUCAAAUGUAUCCACAACAACACCAUCAUCUGUGCAUAAGUCGGCUGCAUCAACCAAUGGCUAUCAGCAACAAAAAAUGAACCAAACACAUCAAAAUAUGCAAAAAGUGAAGAAUAUACAAAGCAUAAAAGGCAAGACACAUCAGGACCAACAGACGCUGAUGGAUCUACAAGAAAUUGAAGACUUACGUAAAAAACGUUGCGCUGAUCGAUACGACUCAUCCGAAUCAUCCGAUAGUGGUGUGGCAACAUUGAGCAUAACCGAUUCUAGUGCGACAUCCAGUGAAGAUGCAUCAAAUCUCGAUUCACCCGAUAAUCCAGCGAUAAAUACGGAUUUGCUGCAUCAUUUGAAUGGGCCAAGAUGUUUGAAACAGAAUCAUCAGGUACCCAACAAUAACAACAACAGUCAACACAAUAAAAAUAAACAAGAAACGGUAUCGAAUGCGCCACCGUUAGCAUGGCCAUGGAAUGUCAAUUCACAAAUAGCAACAGUAGCCGCAGCAACAUCGACUGGUGCCACCGCCACCGCCAUCGUCGCCGCAACAGCAAUAGCAUCAGCAUCAUCGACAGCAACAACAGCUACAUCUAACGAAUCAACAAAUGCUCCAAUGCCACCAUUGACACUAUCAAAAUCGUCAAUUCUAAGCGAAAAUAAGACAAAUAGUAGUAGUAAAAAACGUAACCAUACACCGGAUACCGUUGGCGCAACAGUGAACAAACGCAAUCGAUCGAGCAAUAGUAAUGUAAAUUCGACGGCGAAUAAUCAAACAUCUGAAAGCGAAACAGAUGCGACAAAUAGCACGAAGCGAACGAGUAUACCGAAUGGAUUGAGGUCUUCAUCUACCAUAAAUUCAGGGAUAAAUGUAAGCAAUGGCAACGCACCGAAUAUACGAUCACAAACCAAAAUUACGGGAUUCUUUAAGACUCAAAUGAAAGCACUGCCCAGCCUUCGAAAAGAUUUAACCAAUAUGGUUGUACGACCGACAACAACCGUUUUUCCACAUAUAACAACCACCACUACGACCACCACACAACAAAAGGACGACACAACACGACUAUUGAGCGAUACAAUCGCUGUUGCUGCUGCUGCGACUGCUGCGGUAACAGCAAACGGUAGCACUGCCACCAACAUUAAAUUAGACACGUUACCAACAUCGUCUGCAUCCAUCACCAGCACCGCCACUAUUUCACUGGGUAAAAAAGUUGAGCGAAAAACGGCCAAAGUUUCACCAAUUUCACGCAAAUCGAAUGCCAUGAAAAAUAAAUCAUAUGCUAACGUACUGCCAAAGAAACAUGUUAACAUUGCUCCACGAACCACAUCGAUGACGGUGCCGUCAAUUGGUCUGUCAACAAUGGCCGACACAAUUAAAUCACAACAAACAAAAAUGAUACAAAGUGUGACGCAACAGCGUUUACACGUGAAACUAUUGAAACGUCAAAUGGAAUUUGGCGGCCAGACUGAUUAUGGCGUUGUCCCGUUGCUGACAACCCUACAUUUGCCACCCGGUACUGGCACCGCACAAACACAACAACAACAACAACAACAACAACAACAGCAAAACGCUGCCGCUGCUGCACUUGGCGCCGUGCAAUCGAACCAAUCGCUACAGGCACAACCGAAAAAUUUGCCACAAACACAAAAACCAAAUGGUGCCAUUUACCAAUUGCAUCCCACAUCUGUAAUACAAUUUCCAGUGGCUACAAAAGAGACCAACACACAAACCGCAAACAAUAUUGUCGUUAACAAUGGAUAUUUCAUCAAUGGUGCUUUGAUAAAAUUGCAACAGAUGCUUGCACCAGCUACAGCGACAGGCGUCGAUCAGCAAUUUCGUCAAAUCAAGGAUGUACAAUCGCAGUCCAAUGCGGUACAAAAUCUUAGCGAUCAACAUUUGUCCAUGUCACAGAAGUCAGCCUAUGCACAGCAGCCGAAUCAAGCGAAACUUGCACCAGCACCGACCCUCGUUCAAGAUGCAACGCAACCACUAACAAAUCACAAUGAUCUCACGCAGCAUUUUGUUGCGAAUGGGCCAACGAAUGCUCAAUUCGCACAGCCAGUUUUCAUACCAACAUCAUCUGGGCUAUUGUUAACGGCCGCACUGCCCACCAUGCUCACAUCGCAAAUAUCGAAUUUGCAACAAACAAUGGGACAACCGCCAACAAUGGCCGCAUUGCAUUCGAUGAACGAUAAAACUGGGUUAGCCGUUUCAAUUGAAAAGCGAUCAUGCAUCAAUAUGCAAAUUCCACAACAAACACUAGCUGUGACUUUACCCCCCGACAAUAAUAUGCAACCGAAUUUUAUGCCAAAUAAUUUUGCAUUUGGUAUGAAUACAGCGGCAACUGUUCCUAUGAAUCAAACGACUACGACGGCCACGAUCAAUGUGGGCGUUGGUGCGGACAAAGGUGCGACCGGUUUUCAGCGAUCAAAUUUAUUGUCAUCGAUGACAUUAGCGCAACAGCCGCUGCAACAAUCAGCGCCAUCACUGCCACCGCAACAACAGUAUACACCGCAAAAGAUCACCGCCACCACAUCGACCAAUACACUUUCACUGCCCGUAACAUUUUCACUAUCAGCACCACCGCCGCUAUGUGUUCAAUCGAAAGACAUGGUACAAUCAAGCAAUCAUUUGAAUAUAUCGAAUCCACAAAUUUCCAUCGCCACAUCAAUUUCGACGGCUUGCCAACUAAUGCCCAACAAUAUCGAUAGUAUUGGGUGCAAGGUGCCCAACGCAGUUGAUUUCAGGCAUACGGAAGCUGUGAAAUGCAUACAGAAUCAUGACAGCAAAGUUAAUUCUAAGACAAUCGAAAAAUCUUUGGAUACAUCUUAUUUGACUGAUAGUAUAAGCAAUAACAUAUCAACGAAACAGAUCUCUUCUGUACGAGACACUAGGGAUUCACAACAAAAUGAUCUCAAAUCGAUACCAGCACUGGUUGAAUGUGUUCAACUGGAUAAAGUAACCGAAAAAUCAGCGACGACGACGAUGAUGACGACGACGACGACGACGACGACGAGUACGACGAUAACGGUUCAAGCGAAUGACGCCGAAACAAUGACGGAAAAACAGGUCACUACAUCCAUUACAGCAUCAGUUGGAAGCGAUUGUAUGCAACGCACAACGGAACUCGACACCAAUCUUAUCAACAAUGCUUCGUUACCUGAAAGCUCCAAAAGUCCCAUUCUAUCACAACCGAAAACCAUUCGUUUUCCAGCCAAUGGAUCACGCAAUGCGAACGAUCGACGUACGGCCGGCUGCUGCUAUUGGGAUGAUUGUAAUGAAAACUGUGAAACCAGCUCGAAUUUAUUGGAUCACUUGCAAACGAAGCAUGUGAAUCCACAGCAGGCACCAUUUUCGUGCCGUUGGGCCAACUGUAAGGUACAUGGACGCGAAUCAUGCUCACGGAAAUGGCUUGAACGGCAUGUUCUUUCGCACGGCGGUUCAAAACUUUUCAAAUGUAUCUUUGAAAAGUGUCGCAUGCGGUUCGGUUCGCAGCUGGCACUGCAGAAACAUGUGAAUGGACACAUCAACAGUAAUGAAAACAAUAAAGAUUCGACGGUACGACGAUUGUCCGAUCCACCCGUUCCAAAGAAGCUACGCGUUAAUGGCAAACGAUUGCGGUAUCGACGACAGCCGUUUUCAGCCCGAAUGUUCGAUUAUUUUGAUAACGGUGUGAUGGAAGAGUUGCAGCAUCGCCUUUUGCACACGGUGACCAUAACGAAUGGAGUAUCCGAAGCGAUAACGUUCAAGGGCCGAUCGAUUGGAAGACGAGUAACUGCCACUGGUUCAGUUGAAUUGCUGAUCAAAUGGAGCCCCAACGACAUCAUCUCCGAUGAAUGGAUGUCAGCCACGAAUAAAACCUCAUUCACAAAAACCGUUCAACUCACUGCCUUGACACAGUCUGAGCGCAUUUCUCUCAUGGAGCAUUUGAAUUAUUUGUACAAAUUUCCGACGAACAUAUUACCGACACCUUCAUCAUCAUUAACUAGCACUAGUAGUAGUAAUUCGAAUAAUGAUACCUAUUCAUCCGAUGAAAUCAGUAAAAAAUCGUGACCAUCACUUUACUAUAUUUAACAAAAUGAACAAAUUUUGAUAGAUGAGGAUUUAUUUGAAGCGUAAAUAUGAAUAUUAAGGGAGCCCGUAUGUUGUGCCCAUCUCCUGCGAUGCAAAGAUAAUGAAGAAAUACCGGAAAACAAAGAAGAGGAGAGAAAUAGAAGCAACUACAAAAAAAAUCUAGUUACAAUUAACGUGUAUGCGCGAAUUUAGGAUUUAGUAUUUUGUAGCGAGAGAGAAACAAAGAAAGCGAGUGUUAAAUGAAAAUUGCGAUUUAGGUGUUAUACACAAACACAAAGAUCCUUUCGUUCAAAUAAGCAAAAAAAAAAACCUAAGACGAAACUCGUUACUUCGUUUGAGCGCAAAUUCAAAAUUCAAACAUGAACGAACGCGAUCCGAACAGCAAACAAAUCAUAAUUUAUUCACAUUUUAGUGAGUGCUAGGAAACGUGUUUCAUUACCACACAAUGAUUUAGAUUAAUUUUUAGUUUUGGCAACUCAAUUCUGACGGACUGAACAUGAAAUAAGAUCUAGAAAACAAAUCGAUAUCCAAAUUUUUUUUUUUUUUUGUAUAAUUUACUUGAACUUUUUUUUUCUCGAAAUGAAGCGAAUUACGAAAAUAUCGUCUUCGAAGCUUUGCUAUAUGUAUGAGCAAGCAGACCCUUAAGAAUUUAUAAUCUAGUUAAAAUAUCUAAAAAAAAGAAAACAAAAUAAUAUCUGUUGUGAUGCACAAAAAAAAAACAAGGAGCACAUGUUCCAACCAAUGGACUCGUUGGCUCGUUUACGUCAAUAUUAUUAUAUUAAUUAGUUUCGUCUCCAUUUGGUCCGAAGAAAUAACGAUAAUAGAAACGAUAGGAAUUUAGCUUUCACUCCACAAUGGAAAGCGGAUUGGUGAAUAAUCCAACAAAAAACAAGCUGCCAGAAUCAUACGGAUGAAAAUGACACAGGUCAAUCAAUCGGAACGAAAACUGCCAAUGACUUUUUGGUUCGGGUGUUGAGCGCACAACAUUCGGCAUAGGCAAUCUUUUUCUUUUCGGAAAGAGAACGACAGUGAACCGGCUAUGUUCGGCUCAAAGUUAGUAAAAUAUUUUUUUUUUCUUUUCAAACUCUCAACACUCUUCUCAUAUGACUGCUGUUUUUAUUUCUUUUAAAUUGAUCACUUGAUAUAAUCGAUGACAGUUUAGAACUAGUUGCUAGUUCAAAAAAGACAAAUCGAAUUUUUGUUUUGUAUAAAUUGCAAUUUUCCAUUUCCAGAACCGGCAAUUUUGUUGAAGAAAAACAGUGGCAUGCCUUUUUGUAUGUGCGUCUCAUACGAUGUUCAUUUUUUUUUGGAAGAGAAAGAGGAGUAGAUGAAGUAAGAAAGAGAUAGAGAUAAAGAUAGAGAAUGAGAGAGCGCUCGCGCACGCAGGAAGCCGUCGCGUAAAAUGUCAUUUUGGGGAAACUCACACACACACACACACAAAAUAUUAUUAUUAGAUUUAGUGAACGAUUUAUUCCUUUAUAUUGAUGUAUUUUCGUCAUAGUAUAAAAACAUGAAAUAUUUAUACACGGUUCAAUCAGCCAAGCGACAUUA